AAUGAAGAAAUAUACGAGCAAUUAAUAACUGAGAAGAUCAAAUGGACCUUUGGGGAGGUAUCGAAUCUUUAAGCAUACAGAAAUAGAUAGAGCUAAUUUAUUUGAAGGUUUACCUUAUGUCUAAUUUGAUGCUUUCAUUAGAAGAGGUAAGUAUUAUAGAAAUUAAUUUAGACAGGACUAUGUAACAUGUUGUCAUUAGAGACUUAUUAAAAAUAAUAAUGGAGAAAUGCAACUAAUUAAAGAAUUUGCUACUUGAUAAGUUUCGACUCAAAAAGAUCUUUUUAUUAAUGGAUUUAAUGGAACAGCCAAAAAAAAAGGGAAUGUUUAAUUAAAGGUUGGAAGACACUAUUGUUCUGAUUGAUUAGAUAGGUUCAAUCAUAUUAUAAGAAUUCAAAAAGAACCCUGAGUAAAUUGGACUUAAGUAGUCGCCUAUUAAACAUUUAUAAGAGCAAAAUCCAGAGUAUAUAGAUCCUUAUUGGGAAGAUAAAAUAUAUGAUAAAAAUGUGGAUUUAUUUAAUGAGAUGCUCCAGUACUUAAGAGAUCGCAUUGAACUAUACAUGUUAAUGAUGAGGUAGGCUGGCCAUAAGAUUUUAGAUGAUUAAUAAUGUAUGAGCUUUUUAAAGGAUGUAACUGCUCUUCGUUAUAACUUAUUGCAGUUAAGUGAAGAUAUCAGAGUUUUGGAUGCUAAUUCUGAAGAGAAUUUAAAGUUAAUUAAGUUAACUCUGUAAAAAUUUGAAACGGUCAGAGAUAAAAGAAUUGAAAAAUUGUCUCCUGAAAAGAAGAGUGAAGAGCAAAAGAUUGAAGAUAAAAAAUUGGAAGAAAAGAGAAAGAAAAUAGAAUACAUUGAGAAGAAUUUGAUUGGGAAGACUCUAUCAAAUAUGGAUGAUUAGGCUGAAUCUGAAGUUUAAGUAUGUUAUCUAUAAUUUAUUAAGAGAAAAAACGAGCAUAAAGAUUGAAUGAAUUAUUAUAGUAGAAAUUCAACUUUAAUAAAAGUUCCAUUGUUACUCGAGAAUCCAAACUGAUAUUGAACUAGGAGUAUUAAAUUAUUAUUAAUUAAUUAGCAAACUAGAGUAAGAAAAGGUUCUACUAUUGGAAAGCAGUCAAAAAGCCUCAAAAAUAAAACAUAACUUAGUUGAUAACAGGAAAAGAUUAGCGCUUGAAAAGUUAAAAGAUCCUACCAAAGACCCAUAAUUACGUGGAGCCUUAGAAAUUAUGACAAGAGUUCUAAAUAUUAAUAUAUAGGAUUAAUUUUAAGAAUGAAG